CCUAGUUUCAACGGGAUCCGAUUUCUGAAUCAAAUGAGGGGGAAGAGUGUGAUGUUUGUGGGCGAUUCUCUGAGCCGCAACCAGUUUGAGUCGUUGAUUUGUAUGAUUCAAACCUUGAUUUCACCUUCUGAUCCAAAACCCCAAACCCAGAUGAACGGCGGCGACCCGUUAUCCUCUGUAUCUUUCCCUGAGUAUGGAGUGAAAAUAUCGUACUACAAAGCAGUAUUCCUUGUGGAUAUAGACAUGUACCAGGGGAAGAGAUAUCUGAAACUGGAUGACAUAAGAGGGAACGGGAAUGCUUGGUUGAAUGCAGAUGUGCUUUCUUUUAACACGGGUCACUGGUGGUCUCAUUCAGGCUCUACCCAAGGUUGGGACUAUGUGGAGUAUGAUGGGGUGCAACAUCAAGCUUUUCAGAGUCCACUGGAUGCUCUUGAAAGAGGGCUGAGAACAUGGUCACAAUGGGUUGAUAAUAAUGUUGAUUUCAGUAGAACGAAAGUGUUUUUCCAAAAUAUCUCCCCUACACACUACGGCUCCGGGCAAUGGAAUAUAGGACCGACAACUACAACGUCAGAGAGCUGUACUGGACAGACAGGACCUAGUACAACAUAUCCAGUGACAUACCCCGACCCAAUCGAAGAGGUGUUGGCGAAUGUAAUCGGAGGAAUGAAGAACCCACCAUUCUUGCUCAACAUAACUGCACUCUCGGAAAUGAGAAAAGAUGGACACCCGUCUGUUUACAGUGCAAGUAGCAGCUCAGCUGAAAUGGCCAACCAAAAAACUGCUGAUUGCAGCCAUUGGUGCCUUCCUGGCUUACCUGACACUUGGAAUGUCUUAUUCAACUAUGCUCUUUCCUUCUAACCUCACCUCCAUUCCAUACUUAGGUGCUAAUGAGGUUGCAUAAUUUGCUUCUUGAACCUGUCAUUUGGCGUCUUAGAAGAAAAUGGGGAGGACAACCCUUCCUCCAUCCUCAUUAACAUAUCCGCCCUUGGGGAAUUUUUUGCAAGAUGUAAGUGGCUUCAUUUAUAUGUAUAUACUCCGAAUGUUAUCACUGUACCAUGAUCGCCAACUUGGUGUACCUGCCCAGCCUAUGGUUGGCUGUAGUAGGACUAGCAGAACAAUGUAUUUAUUUAUUCAUUUAUUAUUUUAUUUAGACAUACUAACGAUGUGUAAAUACUUCAAACUUUGAAGCGGUGUGAUGUAAAUACUUCAAACUUGUAUAUAUAAUAUAAAUAUUCAAACACACAAUAAAAAUAUGAUUUUUCUUUCACAAA